ACACGGGAUGGCCGUCCUGGGGGGUUGUGUCUGUCUUUUGUCUAUUUUUGGGGGGUGGAGUUGUUUGUGCAGGAGAGGGAGCAUAGCGAUGGUGUUUGGAACAGAGAGUAAGAGGAAAGUGAAAACGGACAAUAAAUGGUUGGCUGAUCGUAUGCUGGUUUGAAUGAUAAAUGAUACCAAUGUCUCUCUUCAUUUCAAACUGUUGGAGGUUCAACACCAUUGGCCUGUUUAGUCGUCGUCUGUACGGCAGAAAGGGCAACAAUGACGAUGGAAUGGAAGAUCCAGAACACCAAAUGGAAGUGUCUGACAUCACCCAACUGGUCCCAUGUAAAGAAGUAGCAGUCAAAAUAGAUGAAAUCAUGCAGCAAGAGACCAGUCCACUGUGUGCGGUGGAUAUUGAAGAGGUUAUAAAGAAGCAGUUUGCAUACCUAUCAGGAGGUAGAGGGGAAGAUGGCUGCCCCAUCAUCACUUUUCCUGAAUAUCCAUCUUUCGGUGAGAUCCAAGAGAAAGAAAUUCAUGAUGUCCUCACCUACCUCACCAGCAUUCCCAGCUUACAAGCUGCUGGGGUUGGAUUCAUCCUCAUCAUAGAUCGAAGACAAGACAAAUGGGCCUCUGUGAAAGGCACCCUGCUGCGCAUAGCGGGGUCCUUCCCAGGGAAUCUGCAGCUCAUCCUGGUGCUUCGUCCCACUGGACUGUUCCAGCGAGCUCUCUCUGACUUCGUCUUCCGAUUCAACAAAGAUGAGUUUAAGAUGAAGGUACCGAUCAUCAUGCUGAGUUCAGUAACAGAAUUACACAGUUACAUCGAUAGAACCCAGCUAACCCAAGAGCUUGGCGGUACUCUGGAAUAUUCCCACGAUGAGUGGCUUUCUCAUCGGACGGCAAUUGAAGGUUUUGCCCUAAUGGUGAAAAAGACGGCUCAAAUGCUUCAGUCUUUUGGGACUGAACUUGCAGAAACUGAACUGCCAAAUGAUGUGCAGGCAACCACGAGCCUUCUCGAGGUACAUACAGAAAAGAAAGAGAAGAUGAAGGAAGAUUUGAGGCGAGCCCUAAACCAAGGACAUGGACUUUUUGAAAGCAUUAAUGAGCCAAUCAGGAAGGAUCCAGGUUACACACUGAACCAGGAUGAGCUGGAGAAUCUGGCCACUGUGGAGAGGCUGCUUGGUCAGUUAAAUGAGACUGAAACCGCUUUUGAUGAAUUCUGGGAUAAGCAUCAAAGCAAGCUUGAGCAGUGCCUGCAGCUCCGGCAUUUUGAGCAGAAUUUCCGGGAGAUCAAGGUGCAAUUAAAUCUUGUAACUGAGCGCCUGGCUGCAUUCACAGACCCAGGAAACUGCACCACACACGUGGAGCACAUUCUGCAAGACUUGAGUAGUCAUGAAGAGAAAACUUGUGAGGUAUUAGACCAGGCGAAGGACCUGGCGUCGGAAGGGGAUCAGCUGAUCCAGAACAAUCACUAUGCUGUGGACUCCAUUCUCCCCAAAUGCAACGAGCUGAGACGUGUGACUGAGGAUCUCGCCUCGGAGAUGCAGCUGAGGAAGGCUUUUCUCCACAGGUGUUUGGAGUUGCACCAGAUGCUUGAAAAGGCUGCCCAGUGGUGUGAUGAAGGGAUCUACCUGCUGGCUUCGCAGCCUGUGGACAAGUGCCAGUCUCAGGAUGGAGCCCAGUCAGCUCUGCAGGAGAUCGAGAGGUUCUUGGAGGCUGCUGCUGACAACAAGCUCCACGACCUUGAUACGAUCACCAGCGACUAUGAAACGAUACUUAAUCAGGAGUUCAGCGAACAUGUACAGAAGGUGCUCCAGAAGCAGGAGGGGAUGCAGGAAAUGUUUGAGAAGCGGCGUGUGAGCCUGAAGAAGCUGGCCGCCAAACAGACUCGACCUGUUCAACCGGUUGCACCCAGGCCUGAGGCUUUCAGUAAAUCUCCUCACUCGUCCCCAGGACCCCGAAGAGGCUCUGGAAACACAUUCUCCCCCGACAAAGACACCUUGCGAAGACUAAACUACCGAAAAGGGGAAUGUAAUGAAAGCAGGACUGAAUCUGUGUCUGAGGAAGAGGAAAACCUAGCAGUACUGCGAAGACAUGUGAUGAAUGAGCUGCUUGAAACCGAAAGAGCCUAUGUGGAAGAGUUACUGUGUGUACUUGAGGGAUAUGCAGCAGAAAUGGAUAACCCUGUAAUGAUGCAUCUUAUACCAGUGGCACUACAGAAUAAGAAGGAGAUUCUCUUUGGUAAUAUGACAGAAAUUUACCAAUUCCAUAAUAGGAUAUUUCUAAGGGAGCUUGAAAAUUACAUCCACUAUCCAGAACUUGUAGGAAGGUGUUUUCUUGAAAGGAUGAAAGAUUUACAAAUUUAUGAGAAGUACUGCCACAAUAAACCCAGGUCAGAAAGCUUGUGGAGGCAGUGCUCAGACUGUGUCUUCUUUCAGGAAUGCCAGAAGAAGCUAGAACAUAAAUUAGGUUUGGACUCUUAUUUAUUAAAACCCGUACAGAGGAUAACGAAAUAUCAGUUAUUAUUAAAGGAGUUGUUGAAGUACAGCAAAAACUGUGAUGGUUCUGAGGAUCUACAGGAGGCCCUGACCGCAAUACUGGGGAUUCUGAAAGCUGUCAACGACUCCAUGCACCUGAUCGCCAUUACUGGAUACGACGGGAACUUGAAUGAUCUUGGCAAGCUGUUAAUGCAAGGAUCCUUUAAUGUGUGGACGGUGCAUAAAAAGGGACACUCGAAGGUGAAGGACCUGGCCCGUUUCAAGCCCAUGCAGAGGCACCUCUUUCUGCAUCAGAAAGCCCUGCUGUUCUGCAAGAAGAGAGAAGAGAACGGGGAAGGAUAUGAGAAGGCUCCUUCCUACAGCUUCAAACAUUAUUUAAAUAUGAGUGCUGUUGGAAUCACAGAGAAUGCAAAGGGAGAUUAUAAAAAGUUUGAAAUCUGGUGUAAUGCAAGGGAAGAAGUUUACAUUGUACAGGCUCCAACACCAGAAAUAAAAACAGCAUGGGUAAAUGAAAUCAGGAAGGUGCUAACUGGCCAACUGAAUGCAUAUCGUGAAGCAAGCCAACAGAAGUCUUCAGAACAAGUGUUUCAAUCUCCUGGAGCUAGUACACCUGUUAGUUCAAGUAGUCCUUUUAAGAGUUAUCAAAAAAAUAACAAGAAAUCGGAUGAGAGAAAGAGUGAACCAGCCAGCCCAGACAGCUGCUUUGGUUCAGCUGCUUCCCCAAAGUACCCAGAAAAAGUCAGAGAUGAAGCCACAACUAGCCCUACCUCAGAGCGCUCUGCAGUGUCUAAAAAACGUUUUACUUUGCAGGGCUUCAGUAACCUUAAGAAUCAGAAAGAAUCUCCACCUCCCACAGUUAAAAGUCGAACGUUACCAAUCGCACUUCUUUCAAGACCAGGAUCUCCUACUAGCCCUGACAAUAAAGCAAAACGACAUGAGAUCAAGAGCGAUCCAGCGCCGUUUGGCUUUAGAGAUGUGAGUCCACAUACAACAAUGACACGAGUAAAAUGGCUCAGUACCUCUAGUCUGUUACAAGCAAAAAGGACAGUUUGGGGUAAAGCAUCCCAGUCUUUCGAUGCAUCUGAAGAAAAUGAUGGUUAUUCCAGUGCAGAAGAUCCGCUCAAUUCCUCGGACGCAGAGGAGGAGGCGACAGGUAAAAAACUGAGUCCUGGUAAAUAUACAGUAGUAGCAGAGUACGACAAAGGAAACACAGAUGACCUGACGGUGAAAAGUGGAGAAAUGGUCCAGCUGAUUCGGGAAGGAGAAGAUGGGCAAUGCGUGCCCAAUCAUUAUCUGUAUCCUCGGCCCACCGCUCGCAAACCCCCCGCCGACUCGGGAAACGGCGGUUGGAGCACGCGUCCUCCGAAACGUGCUCCUGCCAAGCCGUCAUUUUGUUACCAGACCUAUAGUGCCGGAGGACAACACAGAACUGGCAGCUCCACUGCAGAACCACAGGCGCCCUAUCGGCCACAGGGGUCGCUGAUGCACGGUAUGUUAAGAACCUCAAUACCAGCAAAGAGGGAUGGGUUUCUGCUACAAACCUACUGACAAUGAUAGGGGACUCAAAAUCUUCACUUUCUUUGUGUAGCUCAGAAUCAGGCACUGGUUCCAGUAACCUGAGCACAUCAUCCAGCUGCAGUGAGAGUUGUACAGCCAGUAACACCAGCAUCUCUAACAUCAAGGGCUAAGGACCGGCCUCAUCUGUCGAACUUGGUGCGGAUUCUCUGUGUAGACCAGAACAUUGGCAGUUGCUUUGACAGCCUAUUAACCUUCAGACUGAAGGAAUUAACACUGGCUUCUGUCAUAUGUGUGAGCCAGUGCAACCUGCCCGCACUUAAGUGCUAACUACUCUAAAGCAAACCAUAGGUUUUCUCCUGGAGCAAUGCGAUAACCAACAUUGUGUAUUUUUGUUUGUUUGUUUGUGUUAUUUUUUUUAAUAAGGAACAGAUUUCAAAUAAUGACAAGAUACCUAUUUUCCCCCAAAACUGCUUGAAAAAAAAGAAAAAAAACUUGAAGGAUGCAAGAAGCUAAAUAUUUUCUGCAAGACACAAGCUCUUCUAAAAACAUUAAUUUUGUUGUGUAAAUGCAGUAUCGCAUGUAUAUAUCCAGUUUUUUGUUUGAGUACAUUGAAAUACUAACGGAACAGGUCUACACUCCUCUCAAGCCAUUCCAGUUUGGUCCUCUGGCACACUGUAUACUGUUAACAACUGCAGCAGUAAAAGGGUAUCCCUAGCCUCUGCUUUGAAAGCUUUUUGAUUGCAAAGAGGAUUUGAAUACUUAGUAAUGCUAAAAGAAACCUUUGACAAACAUUUCAGACAUUGAGAGAGAUGUCUAGUGUUUAAGUAAGAAUUUCAUUAUUUUAGUAUUGAUGAAUAUACAACAGUUGGGUUUUUUACACAACCUAAUUAGCCAUUUUUAUGGUUCUCUUGCCUUUUUUAAAAAAACCUUCUAAACAGCCACGGUUUUACAAAGUGAGUGUUUGAUACAGACUUGCUUUCUUUUGCUGUGGUGUACACUGCAGUUGUAUACUGUACUUGACAUUGCUUCCUCGUUUUAUUUUUAAAGGCGGUUUUGUCAAGGGACUGUUUUCUUGCUGCUUUUUCUUUAACGUUUUGAAGCAGAUGUCGUCUCAUUUAUUAAAAUGCAUUGUGUAUAAAGGGGAAAAAAAAAGAUUAAAACUUGUUCAAGGGUUUAAAGGAAAUCUGCCAUCAGAUACUAUCUUGGUUAUACGUUGUACAUUGCUUGUUAUCCAUCUAUCUGUAUGUAAUGCAAGGUCACAUCUUUCAUACAGCUGCCUUUUCUCAGCCACACUUGCACAAAAGGGAUGCCACAAAUGUGUUUUAGCAUUAUCAGGAAAUUAACACAAUCAUAGAUCUGUUGCAGCAUGCAAUUUCUAAAGCUUUCCUAAAACGAAGAACAAAAUAUAUAUUGGUGGGGUGGGGAGGGGGUGUCUUGCCCAGAAAAGCCAUUUUUAUAUUUUAAUUAUUGCCAUUCUAGUGUUGGUAAACUCCAAGUAAUGGCAAAAUACAGCACCUUAAUAAUGUGGCAUUCUCAACCGUGCUGUUUGUAGGAGAUGAAAUAGUGUCCUGUUGAAAUUGACUAAAUUGGAUAAGUGAAUCCCAAAUGCAACUGCCCAAAGGACUUUUAAAUGAUUUGCACAAGUGAUGUUUAAUUCUUAACCUUCAGAGUUCUAUAUGACAAUAAUCUUGUAAAUGCAUGUUUCUGACGCAAGUUAAUAAUUCUGCAAGUCUGAUUUUGUAGUGUAAUGGACUGUUACCUGCUUAAGGUUUCAGAUUCGUGAAAAUGUUUUGGAUUGAGGUUUCUGUUUGUUGCUUUUGUAUAGUUCUUGUAUAAAUACACUCAAAGCUGCAAUAUCCCUGCAAUCCAUUACUUUUACACUACAAAACAUAUUUGUGGGUGUCUAAUGUAUUCUUGUAUAGUUCAGCCUUCUGUACAUUGCUUUUUCAGAAACAUUGACAAACCCAAUUUGACAGUCAAAAGGUCAUUUUUAUCUGUAGGAAUCCAAGCUCACAUUUAAUAAAUGCUUGCAUCUACAAUAGAGUACUGUACUCUGUAAGCCAACAGACAUUGAAAAGGACACUUCUCAAAUUUGUCUACUAGACAUUUUCUUUUACACGGACAACAAGAUAGCAACCUUAUUAAACAUUCAAGUAUUUUAUUACCUGCAGGGGACACCAUUAAUUUAUUUCAACAAACAGGAAAUGACCCAUUUACAAUCAAAAGUCCUGUAAUGUGAUGUAUUUUUAGGGUUUAUUUCCUUUGAUUUGCACUUGCAAGGUCAUUAUGUUUUCAUUGCACUUUAUGCAGCACAUUGCAGCAAAUUUCUUUUUGUUUUUGUUUUUUUUCUUUGAUAAAUGAAUUUAAUAUAUAUAUAUAUA